CGGCGUGCAGUGUAUACGUACACGAAGCUUCGCUCGGUUUAUCGAACGAUUGCGCGCGCAGGGCGAGAGACACGCUGCAGCAGCAGCAGCAGCAGCUCGAGCCCCGCGUUGUUGCAUAGUCCGCUGGUCUCUGCGCGCGCCGAAGGGAAAGCUCGCGCGAGAAGCAGCAGCCGAGCCGAGCGGAGCACUGUCAAAACAACCCUCGGAGCGCGAGCAUCCCCAGCGCGGGUCCGAAGAGAGAGAGAGAGAGAGCGAGAGAGAGAGGAGAGCCUUGUGCUGAGGGAGAGAGAGAGAGAGGAAGAGGAAGAGGAAGAGAGCAGCGAGUGACACAGUGCCGUUGAUUUUUCCUCGACGCUUUUCCAAGCUCGCCGCGAAAGCUCCCAGUCAUCGGGACGACCACGACGACAGAGCAGAGUUUCGAAGUUUACCCAGUAUAGAUAGAGAGAGAGAGAGAGAGAGAGAGAGGGAGUCGCGACGCCUCGUGGGUGACGGUGCAUCAGCGCGCGUGUGCGCGGCCCCCGAGGGUGGCCGGAGACGAUCGAUCGACUGCCGGCGCCAUUUUGUCCGCGCUCGCUCCCUCGGCAUCUCGCGCGCUGUCGCGAGUCGACGUCUCUUCUCCCAGGAGAAGACUCGCUGCGUCAGCGGCUCGCCGAGCAGCAGCGGGCACCGGGCCUGCAGUGCACGCCGCGGCCAGCGGACGCGCGACUCGCUGCGAGAGAUAGCGACGGCGAGAGCAGAGCCGAGAGCGGAGGGACAGAGACGGAGAGAGCAGAGAGCGGCGCAAGCCAGGGAGUAUUGAUUGCGUCGUGGCCGCCGCCGCCGCCGCCGCCUGCCGCCAUAUUCGCAAGCCCCCGCAGUAGACACGCCGUCGCGGACGAGGCCGCUGCAGAGAGUUGCACAAGAGUCCGAGCAGCAUCGCAUCGCCUAGGUAAGCGCUAGAGGCGUCGUAAGAGCGAGAGAGAGAAAGAGAGAGAGAGAGAAAAAGAGAAAGAGAAAGAGAGGAAGAGGGAGAAGGGGCCAAGAGGCGCCUCGCUGCACCCGGCCGGAGCUCAUCAACGGCAGCAGGCUGGGAGGACGGCUGAGCGAGGUCGUGGGUCCCGUCGUGGAGGAGGCCAUCGAGCCGGGGGAUGCGACCCCGCUGACGGGACCCUCGAGGGAGCAGCCCUCGAUACCCCGAGUCCAGCCCCCGCCGCCCAGGAUAACCAGCCUCAGUCCGCCCCGGCCGCCCUCGGAGCUGUCGUCGAGCGCGAUAGCCCAGCGGGAGAACCUGCAGCCCGGCAGCGAGCCAGCCCAGUCCCGUAGGCCCAGCUGCAAGGAGCAGAGCGACAACAUGGGCACCGUCCUCUCCUUCAGUCCCCGGGAGAGGCAGCAGCAGCAGCAGACCGCCGGCAGCCCCUCCCACCAGCCCGCCAACCUCGCCCUCAACAACUUCAACUACGAGCAGUUGAACAACGUGAAGAACCGGGAGAACGCCAAGGGCCAGCAGCAGCAGCAGCAGCAGCACCAGCAGGCGGCGCUCGUCGGCGUCGCGGCCGUCGCGGCCACGCAGCAGCAGCCCGCGGCCAACAACAACUCCCUGCAGAACAACAACAUCAACCUCAACAACAAUGACAACGCGCGCAUCAUCUCGGAGAAGAACGCGCUCGAGAAGAACCUCAAGAAGAACUCGCUCAUCAUCGGGGCCCUCUCCUGGAAGCGCUUCAGCACGGUCAACAACAACAAGAAGAAGCUCGACAACAAGAACAAGAACAUCAAGUUCCGGCAGCCACUCGACAACAUACCCAUCACCGACAAGAACAAGAACAUCCAGACGCCCCAAGUGUCAAUGAUCGGUCCGCCGAUGAACACGUCCUUUUAUUCGUAUCAGACGAAGGCGCCGAUCUCGAACAACAACCACGCGUCGCACAACCCCCAGUGCGAGAAGCUCGUGCAGAAGCCCCAGCCGCCCGCCUCGAGGAAGACCGUGAUCCAGGCCUCGACCUCGGAGCUGCUCAAGUGCCUCGGCGUCUACCUCCACGCCAAGUGCGUCAAGCUCAGGGACUUCCAGGCCGGCGACGCCGUCAUGUGGCUCAGGACGGUAGACCGCAGCCUCCUGCUGCAGGGCUGGCAGGACGUGGCGUUCAUCAACCCGGCGAACGUGGUGUUCGUGUACAUGCUGGUGCGCGAGCUGGUGGACGGCAAGGAGGCGUCGGAGCGAGAGCUCCAGGCGACGGUGCUGACCUGCCUCUACCUCUCCUACAGCUACAUGGGCAACGAGAUCAGCUACCCGCUGAAGCCCUUCCUCGUCGAGGACAGCAAGGACAAGUUCUGGGACCGAUGCCUCCUCAUCGUCAACCGACUGAGCUCCAAGAUGCUGCGCAUCAACAGCGAGCCCGGAUACUUCACCGAGAUCUUCUCCGAACUGAAGGCCUACGGAGCGACAGACAGGGGCAACCUGACUGGUAACGGCCUCGACAGAAGCCUCGUUGUCUCCGGAGUCGCGGUACCAACCAAGGCAGCUUGACGGAGCUACACCCACCUGCUGGUGCGGAUCGCCAGGCACCGCUGCGACGUCACGACCCUCUGACGACGGCCGCCGCCCGUCAGCCUCGCCAGCCGAGGAAAAACGGCCCACGCAGCUUGACCUCGCGACCACCUCAGCGAUAGCCUCGACCUCUAAGUCGCCCACGCAGGAGUCGGCGGAGGGCCAGCAGCAGCAGCAGCAGCCCGCCGACGCCGAGACCGAUGACGCCGACUCCGAGAGCGGCCGCUGCUCCGGCUGCGGCCAGCGCCAGCCCCUCGAGAUCUCCUACACCAUCGAGGACCUCGACACCCUCGACCAGUCCGGCCAGCAGCAGCGAG